AUGAGAAUAGCUCGGCCUCGAUCCCCCGAGUCUUUCAAAUAUGUGCACAGCUGUGAUCUCAACGCCUUUGUACAGAUUAUGAUAUGUGAUUUGUCAGGGGUAUUUCGUGAUCCUACCGAUCCUACUCGUAAACUGAGGGACCUGCUCGUUGAGGCUACAGUAUACUGUGAAGGCGAAAAAGUUGGGUUUCCCGUCUCCACCGCCUACAGCCCGCGCCCGGCAGCGGCACGCGAGCAGCUGAUCCACUCGUUUGGCCAAUGGUUGACGUUGCCAGUCAGAUACUGCGAUCUGAGCCGUGACGCAUACGUCCACUUCACCAUCUGGGAACAUCUGACGAAGGAGGAAGACGAAUUCACGACUUGUGGCUCGGCAUCCGGGUUCCCAAACACAUUGGUGGCCCAAGCGACGAUGCACUUCUUCUGCGAACGCGGCGUCUUAAAGCGGGAUACGAUUGAGCUGAGGGUGCAUCCCGGCGGUACCCCCGAUCAUCGGGCCAAUUGGGAAGAGCGAGAGGAAUGGGUUGGGCAUUCGUUGAAAAGUGAUGAAGCCGCUCAUCUCUACCAAUCCUGUGCUGUCUACAAGAGCAUGAAAGAGCGAGGUACGAGACACGACGAGGACGCUUGGCUGAGUCGUAUUUCCUUCAUGCAGAUAGAACGCUUAAAAACGGGCCACCAACAAGCCCUCCGUGAUCUAUUCUUGGUCGUCAAAAUGUCCUACAUAAGACAUGGUGAUUAUUGCUACGAUGUUGUGUAUUACGAGAGAAGCUCGACGGAGACGCGCCUUUGCCUGUCCACCGUCCAGACGGGCGUUGACCUAUGGCGCGGCGGUGAUGCUGAAAUCGGAUUGGAGAAUCUGAGCGAAGCCAAGCACACGCAAAUGGCUCGUUUCAUCGGCUCGACGCAGAACGCGAAGAGUUUGAAGCCGAACCGGGAGGCAAAGGCAAAGCUCGAGCAACUAUUACAGCAUCCUUCUUCAUUGCCGCUGACUUUCGAGCAGAGAGACUUGGUCUGGAAAUUCCGCUAUUUCUUACAACGUGAAAGUCGAGCCCUGACUAAGUUUGUACGGUCCGUAAACUGGGAGAACGCCGUAGAAGAGCAACAAGCCCUGGAGCUGCUCAAGGAUUGGCGGGCCAUUGAAGCCGAAGACGCGCUCGAGCUUCUAUCCCCUUCGAUCACCCACCCGGCCGUUAGAGGGUACGCCGUGUCGCGGUUGAUCGAAGCGACUUCUCACGAGAACAUCAUCCUCUUCUUGCCGCAGCUUGUUCAGGCCCUAAAAUACGAGCCUCAGCAGGAUGCCGUCAUCCACAGCUCCACCUACAUCAAUAGCGGAUUACUUGCCGCGGCGACUGCGGAAAUGGAUGGAGGCGGAAUGCGACAAGAACAUUGGGAUAUUCCAACGGAACAUCUGGCUUCUGUGCUGAUAAAGCUGGCGCUGACUUCCAUGACGAUGGCCAACUUCCUCUACUGGCAUCUCAAAGUUGAAGCCGAGGUCACGAAGAAUACGGAGAAUCCAGAAGAGUCAGCGAUGUACGAACAGAUUCUGAAACGCCUUUUUGACGAGCUACAAAAGGCCUCCCCACUGUCCGCCCAAUCAGCGCAAGCGAUAAAAUUACAACAACAAUGGGUGGAAAACUUGCAAAAAGUUCUCAGCGAAUCGAAGGGUGCCGGCGGGGAUAUAAAGUACAAAGAAAAGAUCCUGCGCACCAACUUGCUAAAAGCAAAAACAUUGAGCGAUCAAGAAAUCCGCGGCUUGGUGCUGCCGCUCGAUCCGAACUAUCGGAUCGAAGGGAUGCUGGCUGAAUCGGCGAACAUCUUCAACUCGAAGGCGAUGCCGAUGAAGCUGACGCUGCGAGUGGCCAGCCAGAUGGCGUUGACUAGCCGGAGUCCACAGCCCGAGGAGUACACCUUCAUCUUCAAGCAGGGCGACGAUUUGCGACAAGAUCAACUGGUCAUCCAGAUGAUUCGUUUGAUGGACAGGUUGAUGAAGAGGGAUCAGCUGGAUUUGAGACUGACGCCUUACUCCGUGCUCGCAACCGGCUUGACCGAGGGUUUUGUCCAAUUCGUGAAAGCAACACCGCUUCGCGACAUUUUCACUCAAUACCAGACGAUUCCGGCUUACCUACAAGCAAAACGCCCGUCACGAGACCAUCCAUUGAAAAUUGAAACAGAGGUUGUCGAGAACUAUGUGCGAUCUCUGGCCGGCUACAGCAUCGUUUGCUAUAUACUUGGGAUUGGUGAUCGACACAACGACAACCUGUUGCUUUGCGAAAACGGCAAAUUAUUCCACGUCGAUUUUGGCUAUAUGCUGGGUCGAGAUCCAAAACCACUGCCACCACCAAUGAAGCUCUCCUCGGAAAUGAUGCUGCUGAUUUCGUCUGAUCAAAAAUGGUACGACGAGUUCAUCUCGUACUGCGACUCGGCUUUCAAGAUUUUGCGACGCAAUGCAAAUGUUAUCCUGAACCUGUUCUCGCUGAUGUUAGACGCCGGCAUCCCCGACAUUGCCAUCGAGAAGGACAAGGCCGUUUUUAAGAUCGAAACCCGCAUGCAACUGGGCCUCAAUGAGGAGCAGGCGUCCCAGUUCAUGAUGAAGCUGAUCGAGAGCAGCCAACAGGCCAAAAUGCCCGUGCUCGUUGACUUCAUCCACGAUUUCAAACUCCGCUUCUUC